AAAUCAGUCCUAUUUCGAUGACGCGAUGGGUGCUCAAGCACCUUCGUCUUCUUAUCACCCCCAUUUCGAGCCAAUGGCUUCCGGUGGUCCAGGAACUAGUAGCCAUCACUCCCACGACAGUAUGGUUGCUAAAGCGCGUCGACGAGGACGCCCAACAGCCUCGUUGCCGUCCUCGAUGCCAUCCUCGUCCUCGUCGCUAUCUCCCAGCAGCGAUUAUUACGAUUACUACCACCCGCAACGCAUGCAUCAUCGGCCCACACUCACGGAUCUAACCCCCGAUGAGGCGUCCACAGUGAACACUCCCGAGGAGCUUCUAGCCUACUGCUGCCAAUUCCCCGCCUGCUACGAUCCGCUUUACGAGUUGUGCAUCGACACUUGUCGCAAAUGCGAAACCGUCUAUCCUGUCACGUCGUGGCUGCCCUGUCCGCCCUUGUUGAACAUUCCCGACUGUACUUCGAGUUCGCUGUCCGCUCAAGGGCGCCUCCCGUUGGCGUGCUACCCCGACAUUGGGCCCUUUGCCAAUAUCCUGCCCGUGAGUGCCGUGAUGAAGGUGCCCACUUAUUACAAUCCGAGUGGUCGACAUUCGAGUGGGAAUGGCAAUGGAGGACAGCAUGACAUGCUCCUCCAACACGCUCGCAAUCCCAUGGAGAGUGAGCAAAUGUAUCGCAAGACCAUGCAGAAACGGAACAAGAAACAAUGCAACCACCACUACGGAAUCUGCAUUUCCGAGAAGGGCUCCGCCAAUUCAAAUGUCUUCCACGGUUUUGGCAAAUAGACGACGUCAUGGCUUCGCUUCACAUCACCGUCAUCAUCUUUCAUCGCCAUAUUAGCUACCGCUGGUAUUUUUCUAUUCUCUAUUUUUCGCUCUGUGUUUUUGUGCCCGGCGCCUUUCCCGUCUUCCUGUGGUAAAAAGAGUGUCUGUCCUUCGAUGGUUCCUGCCUUCUUCCUUGGUUGGUUGGUUCGUCGGUGGAAACUCGAAACAACUAAUGGUUCUGGAAAUCAAGAGGAAGGACGUGCCAUGAACCACCAUCAAUUUUGACGAAAACUCGCCUCAAAAUACGAGAGAAAGGUCGACGGGGAGGGCCAAGGCCUGAUACACUUGAAUCCACCAAGUCUUUGGUACGAUUUCUUUUUACUUCUUCCCCAUUUUGCUGCGACAGCCCAAAUUCUAGAGAGCCCACUUCUAAACAGAAAUACUACAGCUCCAGGGUCAGACGAGAAACAAACCCACAGUCCCCAAAGUGGGCUUCAAUCGAUGAGAAAGUAUUUCAAAACCAGCCACUCAAAAUGUUCACGUCCACCCGCGAAAAACUCCAAUAAAUCAAAUGUAAUAAACAAAACAUCAACGGUCUCUUCUCUUUGUUCUUACCCUGGCCUGUAUUGUGCAGUCAACAUUUUUGACUUUGUGUCACCUCGAAUUGUGAAUAAAUCCGAUUCACUUCCGA